AUGCUGUUAUCUCGCACGGACACCCAAGGGACGCUAGGGGAGAGUACUCGGGAACACGUACCGGAAAGCGAGGCUGCCUUCAAACUAGACUCUGAACCAAGUCUUCCCUCUCAUAAUCCCAUUCCCGCUACCACAGUUUUUGCUCGAAAUGCGGCUCCUCUCUCCUUCCCUCAGCUUGACGCUCAUCUAGCUGCAAUACCUCCAUCCUCAUUCCAUUCCCAGGCUAGUAAGGACGGCAAGGCAAGUAUGUUUCCUCCUCUACAGCUCCUUGCGGCCACCAAGAAGACCCUUGAAGACCUGGAGACGAAUUCUCAAAUACUUCCCUGGUACGGGAAUCGGAAUAAGAUCUUCGGCGCGCUCACAUCUCUCACCCUAUCCAUAACGGGUGCUAGUGCCUUGGUCACAUUCUACAGUCUACACGGUCUCAUUGACAUCCUUCAAAUAUUUGCGCUCAUCGUGAAUACUAUCGACCACGGGAAUCAGACUGGUACCUGGCGGGAGGUUUUCCUUGGUACAAUACCCAACGUCCUGGCUCUCAACUUUGCGACCAGCAUUAAAUUGGCUUUGGUCGCUCUUGUGGUUUUCAUGGUCAUCACCUGCGUUCUGCUCUAUUCCUUCUACAGAGCAACGUCGCUCUGCUGCCAGUUGGGCAUCGUUGAGGGCUUACAGUCGCCCAACUUCUUUCCGCACAAGUGGUGGCUCGUCUUCAUGAGCUUCAUACUUACGGUCAUCUACCUACCACUUAGCACGAUGGCGAUGCAUGUCGUUGUGUGGUCUGAUGACCUCUGGGUCGUGCCAAACCCGUAUACGAACGCGACGACCUUCCCGCCGGUGCUUCCUCCCCUUGGUCCGCCUGCGGAGUUUCGCGACCCGCUUGAUUUCUGUUGGACAACGACUAUGAACAAGAAUGAGCUAAAUUAUGCUCCAGUGCUUGUGAUCCUCGCGCUCAUUUCUGACUAUCCGCAGUUCACAGUCUGGUUCCCCAUCCACCUCUAUCGUGUCAUCGUCCUCGUAUGCCCCCGGGUCGACCGAUACACGGAACUGGGCACUAAACGGAGCAACAGCGAUAUGAAUCGCGAGUACCAGCGGCUGCUCCACCGUGACAAGAACCCGCUCCAAUUUCUCUACCAUAACUACCGCCGCGGAUGGGCGACCUACGAAGCUUCGUACAUUUUUGCCAAACUCACAGCGCUGCUCAUUGUCGCCUUCGUCGACCCGGAUAACUGCCUGUUCCGCAGCUUGAACCGCACGCACGUUAUAGUCGCACGCCAGAGCAUUCUCCUCGCGGCCAUGACGUCUUUCUUUGUGCGUCAGUGUGUGCUUGCCCCUUUCUUGGAUCCUGUCAGCAACGCAGGCGAGUGGAUUUCCUGCUUGAAUUAUGUGUUGACAGCGGUCAUCGCGCUGUGUGUCGCGCUGAACGUGUCUGGGGCGAGUGUAUUGGAUGGCCCGAUUUUGUACAUUGUAUACGGCAUUACAUAUGGCAUGGCUUUUUAUUUCACCGUCAUUGAUACGAGCUUCAUGCAGCAUUUGGUAAAGCGUAUUUCGGGGCGCAUCGACUUCAGCAUCGACAUCUUCUCUCCUCGGAUAGACCUGAGCCCAUCCUCUCUGCAUACUAAGCGCCGCAUCUGGCAAGAAGCAAUUUCUGUGCUCUUCCUCACGAAUCCAGAGUGUGGCAUACCGAAGACGCAGCCGAUGGAUUUCAUGCAAGCGCGCGACUCGGAAUAUCCGCCGUACCUGCUGCAUUUUGCAGGCACGCCUGGGGAACGGCAUGCCGAAAACCUGAAAAUCUUAAGGGAGGUCGGCAUGUCGUCGUACACGCAAGGCGUUGUCAUGCUUGCAGGUACACGCUCAGCGGAGUUCCGCGAGCUGCUUGAGACAAUUCAGCAGCAAUUCGUCGGACCCGAUUGUUACUGGAAGGACCCGACGGAGCAUUCCACCAUCCGCUGCAGGGGGCGCUUCGGAAAUGCAUGGUAUAUCCCGUUCCCUCCUACAGUGGUCCUUCGAUACGAUGAUGGUCCUCUAAUCGCACUGCGCGAGGCUGCAGAGCUAGAGCUGUACGUUAAGCAGAACUCAAGCCAUGACAUCCGGCGUCGGCGCGAAGUGCGUAUGGCUUUGAGGGCCUUGGAUGGGCUGGUCGUCGCUUGGCCGUAUGUGUACAACCAGCCCGUAGGCUCCCGCAGGCCGCUUUGCUGCUGCUGUUCAGGACGGCGUUACAGUGCACGGGUGUCUAUUCACUAUCGUGCCGCUGUCUUCCGCAUCAAGCGGCAAGGCUCGCUUAUCUUCGACGGCUUGAAUCUCGGCAGCGGCUUCAGCGUCGAGAUGCAAUACGCGAAGGGUGUCACUGUCGACGGGUCUGUCAUCGGCCUUACUGACGACUACGACCUCACCGCGCCGCUGGCGCGCUUUCUUGCUCUCAACGAGGAACUCACCACCGAGUUCCUCACGCGGGUCGAGAUCGUACUAGGCAGGUACAGGCACCACAUGCGCAAGGAGGCCAAGGCCAAGGCGGAUGCGCUCAGUUAUAGGUUCUUGACAGCGGUAUACGAUAAGCCGCAGGGAUGGGUGGAAUUGACAGAAAGCUCGAUUGAGAUUGAGCACGAUCUGAGGGUCAGGCGGCUCAUGCUGGGCGGUGAGGACGUAUUCAAGGUGUCGUACGAGAGGCUGCAGGCAGUGUCGAGAUCUGAGCUGACGGUAUGGUGGUACUUAUUCUGGGACGACCUGUGGAGGCGGAAUCACGACACGAUCAAGGGUCUACAGACACACGCAACAGACUUUGAUCCCCGUUACCCCACGUCUAUCGCAUACACCCCGUUGCCAAGAGCAGCACUGGAGUCGUUUCUUACCCAGCGCGGGUUGCUGCGGCAGAAAGCAGCUUUUUUCAACUCUUUCAACUCUGGGUUGUUGAACAAGAUCUACAUGCGAAUGAACGACAUACUGUUCCACGGACGCAGGCAGGCAGACAUCAUCCACCUUGGCCCCACACCCGCCGAGCUCGACAUGGAAGAGGUGGACGCCAAGGCACAGGCGCGGACUUCGAGUCUCGGCACGGGGGGUGGCACCGACCACGACGACGAGUCGAUCCGAGCGCGGCCCGUGUACCGCUGGGAAGGCAUCUUGGAUGACCCUUUGCGCAAACAUAAGCAACGCUACCCGAACCUAUUUACAAAGUUUGGUGUAUGGUUUGGGAUCACGCCGCUCUGGCGGGCGGGCAUCCCGUCGGUGGGCCUGGCACUUGAUGUGAGACUCGAUAACGGACAAUACGUGUUGCUGCAAGACCAGAACGAAGGAGAGAUCAAGAAACUGUGA